UCGGCUCCGUUAUCCUCGCCAUCGGCAUCACCGGCAUGGUCGGCAACUUCCUGGUUAUAUACGCUUUCUGCAAGAGUCGCAGCCUGCGAACUCCGGCCAACAUGUUCAUCAUUAAUUUGGCGAUCACAGACCUGCUGAUGUGUGUCACCCAGUCACCCAUCUUCUUCACCACCAGCAUGCACAAGAGGUGGAUCUUUGGAGAGAAAGGAUGUGAGUUGUACGCAUUCUGCGGCGCUCUCUUUGGGAUCUGCUCCAUGAUCACUCUGACGGUGAUCGCCAUCGACCGUUACUUUGUCAUCACCAGACCUCUGACCUCCAUUGGCAAGUUGUCAAGGAAACGGGCCUUUCUCAUCCUGAUGGCGGCCUGGGCCUACGCCCUGGGCUGGAGCCUGCCGCCAUUCUUCGGCUGGAGUGCCUACGUCCCAGAGGGCCUACUGACUUCCUGUACGUGGGACUACAUGACCUUCACCCCAUCGGUGCGAGCGUACACCAUGCUGCUCUGCAUCUUCGUCUUCUUCCUGCCACUCUUCAUCAUCGUCUACUGCUACGUCUUCAUCUUUAGGGCCAUCCGCAACACCAACCAGGCUGUAGGGAAAAUGAACGGCAGCAUUCACGGUCAUGGCAGCAGUCGUGACUCAGUGAAAAAUUUCCACCGACUGCAGAACGAGUGGAAGAUGGCGAAGAUCGCUCUGAUCGUCAUACUGCUUUACGUCAUCUCCUGGUCGCCGUACUCAAGUGUUGCUCUCACUGCGUUUGCUGGGUACGCCGACAUGCUGACUCCCUACAUGAACUCUGUGCCUGCGGUCAUCGCCAAAGCCUCGGCCAUUCACAAUCCCAUCAUCUACGCCAUCACACACCCAAAAUACAGGUUAGCAUUAGCUAAGUACAUCCCGUGUCUGGGUGUCCUCCUCUGUGUUCGUCCUCGUGACCUCCGCUCCACCAGCAGCAGCUUUAUGUCGACGCGUCGCUCCACUGUGACCAGCCAGACCUCCGACAUCAGCAGCCAGUUCAGACGGCAGAGCAACGGCAAGUCCCGCCUCUCCUCUGCCUCAGACAGCGAAUCGGGUAUGACAGACACAGAGGCUGAUCUGUCCAGUAUGGGCUCCAGACCCGCCAGCCGCCAGGUCUCCUGUGACAUCAGCAGAGACACUGCUGAGCUCCCUGACUUCAAACCCUCAUCUAGCUUCAAGUCCAAGAUGAAGAGUCACGACUCAGGCAUCUUUGAAAGGACGUCUUAUGACACUGAUUUCUCCUUGGUAGGAGUAAGUGAACGCGGCAGCAUCCCUAAUAGCGCAGAUUUUGGAGAGGUACAUGUGAUGAGAGGCACGAUCGGUCGAAUCCCAAGCAUCGUCAUCACCUCUGAGUCCAGCCCGUUCCUCCCCAACGGACGGAAAGGCUCCAAAACAGCCUACAACAACACGAGGGCAGGUUCUGGGUAGUGACUCAGAUCCUCCUGGCUUCAUUCAUCAAUGUGACCGUCUUUCACUGAGUCAAAUUUAAAAAUAAAAAAGGAUAAACUCAUUCAAAGCCAUGUGAGACAUGUAUAACAAAGGAAAAAAAAGGACAUAACUUUCAAGAUCACAGAUGAAACAUGCUGCUAUCCUGUAACAUCUAAGACAAAUUUUUACUGACUAUUAUAGAUUUCAGCCAGAAUACAUUUGUAGAUUAUGCCAUCUCUAAGCAAUGUACCUAGUGUUAUAUCAUUCUUUUAAAUUCAGAGACUAAUAGAGAGUAUCACCUGAAAAUGAAAAAAGUAUUUAUCCUUGUAUGGUCUAUUUCUAAAAUUUAAAUCUGUAUCAAAGUCCCUGCACACCCACACAGUUGGUAUUUUGGAUGAUAAGACCUGCAUGCAUAGAAAGGAAAGCUGAGCUGUGUCUGACACUGCAUCAUGCUGGCAUGCAGUUAUAUCUGCCAUGCCUCUAAGAAGGCAUAACUCAAAUUUCUCCCACCAAAAUGGAAAAGUUAUGAAACAAAUUACAGUAUUUCAUAAACUACUCCACCCAAAGUCAUUUUUUAGCCAAUGGACCGAACAGGUAGUGCUCAGAACCACCACUGUCCACCACCACACCAGCCUGCUUCAUGGGACACUAGAGGGGAAAAAUCUUCCAAAUAUGACAAGUGAUGCGAAGGAGAUGUGCAUUAGCAUAUGUAUGCCGUUCACAUACAGUUUCUGUGUUAGGAAGUAUGUGAGUUCAGACACAGCCUUAGUCUGUGCAGUUUCACAUCUCUAUAUUAAAGAGACAAGGCACACAGUCUAGAGAAAGGGUGCAACUAA